AACUCUAUUCUAAAUUUUCUCACAAUCAGAUAGAGUUUUCACUCGAAAGUCAACUAAUUUUAGUAAUUUUCUCAUCAUUUUUUUGAAAAACCAUGGGGUUUCUGAGUUCUCUUCCUCUACUUGGUGAUGCAUGCAAGACUGCACUUGAUGUUUUUGAUAAUUUCAAAUCAAAUCCAAAAUUAAGAGUUAAUGCUCUUCGUAAGCUUCAAGAUGACAGUCAAUCAGCUCAUCAAAAAGCUUUGAAAGAUGCAGAAGAAAAUCGUCGUCAAUAUGAAGAAUCAGCUAAACGUAGCGAACAGGCAGCAAAUGAACGAAUUCGUUCACAGAUUGAUGAGAAUAAUAAAUCGAUCGAGAAACUAAGGGCCCAAUUCAAAGAGCAAGAUGAUAAAUAUGAUGAAGAGAUGAAGAGCAUGAAUAUCGCUCAUGAUCUUAAAAUGAAAGAGCUCAGAUCAGAAUCAAAAGAAGCAAGAGAAAAAGCAGAGAUGGAGCAUAAGAUGAAGGUGGAAAAGGUGGAGCAAGAACACAAGAAAGAAAAACAUCUGGCUCAAGAGAAAUUGGAGCAAACCAAGAAAGAAGGAGCACUGAAGAUUGAAACUGUCGAGAAAGAGAAAGAAAAAAUAAUUGAGAAUCGACUUAUUGAGUUGGAUAAAUAUACGGAGGAAAUGAAGGAAAUAGCAAGAGUUCAUCGAGAACAGCUUCAACAAAUUCAAGAAAGAAACCGAACAUUGAAAAUUGAAAAUGCUAAACAACGGAGAGAACAAUUGGAAAUCGAAAACUCGAAAAUUGUUCAAAAGUUAGACGGUGAUAUUCAAAAACUCUUGGAUCAUAUUUCCCAUCAAAACGCAAGGGAUGUUGUGAAAAAGUUUCAACAUAUUGUCGAACCCGUUUACAACGUUCAAAGCUCUCUUGAAAAUAUCAGGACAUAUUGUAUUCUACCUAACGAAGAAAUUCCACAAGUUCCAAUGGGAGAAUUGGAUCCAGAUUUCAAUCUCAUUCAUGAACAAACGAAACUUUUUGAGUACCGAGUCAGAUGUUUCCAACAAUUUAUUAUCAACACCACUAACACUGAUCCAGCCCUUUUCAAAGUUUGCUCCGAAUUCAUAAAACGAAUGGACACUCUAAUGAGCAAAACGGAAUUGAGAUCAGUUUGUACCCAUCUUCCUAGAGCACUUGACGAUAGAAAUAACAAAAAUAUAAAGUUGUAUGGGAAUUAUCUCGGUGGUUUGUGUUCCAAUUUUGAUGAAAUGAAAACAAGUUUGAAUGAUGGCGUUCAAGACAUCACUCAAAAACAUGUACACGGUCCCUCAAGUAACCAACGUUCUAUUAAAGAAUAAGUUUCAUCUUCUUUCAUUUCUUGUUUUUCUUACUUGUUUUUGUAUGUUGGUUUGUGUAACCCCUUUGCUCACUAAUUUCUGGAUCAUAAAUUAUCUCAAUUCUCCGAUAAUUAUUUUUUUAAAUAAAAAUUUUGUAAUCUCUC